UCUGUAGCCGGGGGACGUGUUCAUUGAAGUAUCACUAGUUCACUAGUGCAGGAACAUUUACACAUUUAUUAUUCACAAUGCCAACAUCCGGACUAGUGUAAAGCUUAAGUAACUGUGCGCUUGUGUCUUUUUAGCCUUUAACGAUGAGUACGUUAUUUGCGAUCGCUUUGGUGUUUGUUGGUUGCUGCAGUAAUGUUGUGUUUUUGGAACUUUUGGUUAGGGAUUUCCCAGGAUGUGGGAAUAUUGUCACAUUUGCUCAGUUUGCCUUCAUUGCACUGGAAGGGUUCAUCUUUGAGACAAACUUUGGACGCAAAAAGCCACACAUACCCCUCAGUAACUACGUGAUUAUGGUGACCAUGUUCUUUACCGUCAGCGUGAUCAAUAACUACGCCCUGAACUUUAACAUCGCCAUGCCCCUGCACAUGAUCUUCAGAUCAGGAUCUUUAAUAGCAAACAUGAUCCUCGGUAUUAUCAUCUUGAAGAAAAGAUAUUCGUCGAGUAAAUAUCUCUCCAUCGUGCUGGUGUCUGUGGGCAUUUUCAUAUGCACUAUUAUGUCGGCCAAACAAGUGAAUGUUGAGAAAGGGGGCACAGAGGAAGAUGGUGUUUAUGCCUUCAUGCAUUGGCUUCUGGGUAUCGCCAUGCUGACGUUCGCUUUGCUGAUGUCUGCAAGAAUGGGCAUUUUCCAGGAAACUCUGUACAAGAAGUACGGCAAACACUCCAAAGAGGCUCUGUUUUACAAUCACUGUCUGCCAUUACCGGGAUUCAUUCUGCUGUCAACAGACAUCUACAGACACGCCAUGCUCUUCAGCCAGAGCUCUCCAGUGGAAAUCCCUGUGAUUGGUCUGUCUAUGCCUGUCAUGUGGUUAUACCUAGUUAUGAACGUCAUCACUCAAUACGUGUGCAUCCGUGGCGUGUUCAUUCUGACGACGGAGUGCGCAUCACUAACGGUUACACUGGUGGUGACUCUACGCAAAUUCUUGAGUCUCAUCAUUUCCAUCCUGUACUUCCAAAAUCCCUUCACAGCCUGGCACUGGGUCGGCACGGCCGUGGUGUUCCUGGGAACGCUGCUCUACACGGAAGUGUGGUCCAGCAUUCGUGUGGCAAUGAAAGGAGAGAAAGCUGACAAGAAGGCAGAGUAAAUUAUGGAAGCCCGUUUCUGCCAUGGAAUAAAAAAAAAGAUGAUUGUGACUUUUCAUCUCACAAGUCUUGACUUUUUCUUAGAAUUAUGAGUAGAAAAAAAAGUCAGAAUUAAGAGAAUUCAGAAUUUAAAUCUCUCAAUUCGGAAAAAAAAUCAAGAGUUGUGAGAUUUAAGUUCCGAAUUCUGAGAUUAAAAUUGUCAAGAAUUGUGAGGUUUAAGUUCAGAAUUUGGAGAAGAAUGGCAGAAUUGUUAGAUUCAGAUUUGGAAUCCUGAGGGGAAAAAAGGCAGAAUUCUGAGAUUUAAAUUCAGAAUUCGGAGAAAAAUGGCAGAAUUGUUAGAUUCAAAUUCGGAAUCCUGAGAAAACAUGACGGAAUUGUGGGAUUAAAUUCUGAAUUUUGGGGAAAAAUGUCAAUUGUGAGAUUCAAAUUCAUAAUUCUGAGAAAAAAUGUCAGAAUUGUUAGAUUCAAUUUUGGAAUCCUGAGAAAAAUGUCUGAAUUGUGGGAUUCAAAUUCGGAAUUUUGGGAAAAAAAUGUCAAUUGUGAAAUUCAUAUUCAGAAUUCUGAGAAAAGUUUCAGAAUUGUGAGUUUUAAUUUUAUAAUUCUGAGAAAAAUAUCAGAAUUGUGAGUUUUAAUUUCAUAAUUCUGCUGGAAAAAGUCAGAAUUCUUUGAGUUGAAUUCAGAAUUCUGAGAAGAAAAGUCAGAAUUGUUAGAUUCAAGUUUGGAAUUUUGAGAGAAAAUGUCAAGAAUUGUUGGAUUCAAAUUCAGUAUUCUGAGAAAACAAUAUCAGAAUCGAGUCGCAGUUACCUUUUACAUUUUUUUUAUUUUUAUUCCAUGGUGGAAAGAAGCUUCCAUAGUAACUGUAAUACCUCUUUAGCUUCGUGCGGGUGUGUUUUGUUGGUGUGUGUCCCAUUGCUUUAUAUUUCUAAGUUAUUCACUGUGAAUGGAUGAGCGCUUGAGGUACAUUUGGGCCAAUUUUAUGAGCUGUUUUUGAGCCAGGUGUGUGUGUGCAAGUUUGUUAGAGCGUUUGUCUCUAAGCUUUUACAGUCUAUGACCUGUUUUCAGUAUCUAGGUCUGUUUUUGCAGAAAUAGACACUCAUUUUGUUUCUGGCGCUACCUUUAGUACCAGAGAACCGCAUAGGUCUGCCUCUACGCACAUUAAAACUAACAUGGUCAAUUUUUGCUAAGUCUGUUAGCAGAUUCAGGACUUGAAGCUAUUUUCCGUAAGUGUUAAUGUUCCCUGCAAGUUAGUGGUAUUUAUUUCUUUUCCAUUUUUAAACACAGCCGGUUUUAUUAAGUCAGUAAGUAUGUUGGCCCACUUACAUGUGUCUUUAUUCAGGUGAAAUAAUAUAGUAAGACUACGAAAGAUAAUGCAAAGGCAUUGUUAACAAGUUGUAGUCAUAUAUCUUAUUUGACAUUUUGUAGUCGCCUUCCGUUUCAGUCGGUUGAGCAUCAGCUGGUGCUAAAGCAAUACUGUAGAAACCAUGACUGUAAACAUUGUAGAAAAUGUCUACAGUUAUGUUCAUGAGGCUGGAAUUUGUAAUUUGGCAUCAAUUUGUGUAAGAUGUUUUUUAUCAGCUAAAACUAAGACCUCAUAAACAGAAGAAAAAAACAUGUCUUUUGUUGGUUCUUUCAAUCUCAUCUGCAUUUUUUGUGCACAUAAUUUGUGGACUAUUCAUUCAACCUUCAUAAUGUCUAGAAUUAAUCUAUUUCUCUUGAUGUUCUAUGAAUUUUAAGGUCUAAAUACGAUCUUGCAGGUAAUGUAUUGUUUGGCACUCAUGUGGAAUUCAUAAACUCACACAGUACAAAAAUAC